AUGAAGUUUAUUACUACUAAUCUUGUUCAGUGUGCAGUGAAGUCUUGUCAAUCUUCGCAAGAUGCUUUCCCAUUGAAAUAUGAGGAGUGUCAAUUAGUUCAGGAGGAGCAGGAGUUCAAACCUGAGUUUAUUGCACAUAUGUUAGAUAAACUAGAUUGGGAUGCAGUAAUAGCAGUAGCGAAAGAUUUGGGAAAUGAUUCGUUGCCGCUAAAGAAACCAGAUGGAUUGGAUCCAAUAAUGGAGGACGAUAAAGAAGUGUUGAAGGAUCUUCACACUUUACUAGUUGAAACACAAUUGGUAGAGGGUAAGAUGAUUUGCAGAAAUUGUCACCAUGUUUAUUAUAUUAAAAAUUCGAUACCCAAUUUUCUAUUACCGCCUCAUCUCAUAUGA